CUCGCUUGAAACAAUCCCUGUAAAACCAGUCCUUCCCAGGAGUUGCGCAGGGAAAGUGCACGUAUUUCUGCUAUCUAAUCUGAAUGGAAGAUGCAGUAUCUACCUUUGUAAUUUAAUCAGGGUUGAAAGUGGGAUAGAACAUACAGAAAGUAGCUAAACGUACGCAUUAACGGACGAAAUACGUUUUUUUUCAGCGUCGAAGAAACUGGUCUUUGAAAGCUGAAUUGCUUCGGUUUAACGAAUGACAGUUUUUUUUUUUAUCACUGUAAACUUACUUGAGGUUAAACGGCAUCGAACAACCGACCACGCCAUCAAACCUUUUCAAUUUGGUUUAGCUUCGUUGUUGAAGUGCUUUAGCUCCAGCGCUAAUUUCUCCACCGGUAGAUCAGCGACUUUUUAGUUGCUGAACACUAAAACAGAAACACGGCUUCGGCAGCAAGGUAGCACAGAGGGAAAACUAACAGGACAUGGAUUCUAGCAAAGCAGCUGGAGGUGUAAUAGCCUACAUCAGCUCAUCCAGCUCCAUUUCCAGCCCAGAGUCCUGUCAUAGUGACUCCUCCAAUGGCAGCUAUCAGUCAUCCUCGCCUCCUCGAGGCUCCUCACCCAGCCACAGCCAGCUGGCUCCAGCCAGCCCCUCACCAGCUGCUGGCAACCAAAACCUUCCAGGGACUCCGAAAAGUGGGCGCUCCACAUCCUCAGGAAAAUCUGGCAUCACCAAAAUCAAUGGCCUGGUGCUGCUAUGUAAAGUGUGCGGUGAUGUGGCCUCUGGUUUUCACUAUGGAGUCCAUGCCUGCGAGGGAUGUAAGGGCUUUUUCAGGAGGAGCAUCCAGCAGAACAUUCAGUAUAAGAAGUGCCUUAAGAGCGAGAGCUGCCCUAUAAUGAGAAUCAACAGGAAUCGCUGCCAGCAGUGCCGCUUCAAAAAAUGCCUGAUGGUUGGGAUGUCCAGAGACUCUGUACGCUUUGGUCGAAUCCCAAAGCGGGAGAAGCAGCGCAUGCUGCUGGAGAUGCAGAGUGCCAUGACCAACAUGAUGAACAACAACCAACUGCAAAGUCAGCUGCACAGCAACCAGUUGCUGCCCAUUGCCAAAGUGCUGCCAGCCAGUGGCACUGAACAUAUCUCUAAAGACACCGGCUCCACCUCCUCUCUUUCCUCUUCGCCACACUCCAGCCAAUCGGAGUCCAGUUGUGACCCUGAGCCUGCUGUGUCAAUGGACACCAGUUCCAACUCAUGCUCUCCCAGCUCCUCUGAUAGCAGCGAGGAGGAGGUGAUUGGCUCUGUGACCAGGGCCCACCAGGAGACUUUCAUGUACAACCAGGAGCAUAGCAGUCUCACAGCAGAGAUACCACCGUGCCAUGCGUCCUUGAACAAUGGCUUUGAGAAAACCAAUGAAAACCAGUGCAUAGAGCAGGGGCAGGAUGUCUGGAACCACCACAACAAUCUCGUUACUGUGGCAGGACAAAACUUGUCUUCCAUCAUGGGCCCUCAGGGGAAGGAAAAAAACACUCCCAUCGAGUGCCCAUUCCGAGUCUCCAGGAGCACCACCGCCAGCCACUCUCCAGCCUAUAUACACGGAGCUGUAAGAUCUCUGCACACAGAGGGCUACACCUAUGGAGCCCAUGGAAAGCCUGUGUGGAUAGGAGGCAACAGGAUGCAUCUGGUUUGUCCCAUGAACACAUCUCCUCAUGUCGACUCCGACAAGUCUGGCCAACAGGUGUGGGAAGAAUUCUCCCAAAGUUUCACCCCUGCUGUCAGGGAGGUGGUGGAAUUUGCCAAGAAAAUCCCGGGUUUCAGAGACCUGUCGCAGCAUGACCAGGUCAGCCUGUUAAAGGCUGGCACCUUUGAGGUGUUGGUGGUUCGCUUUGCCUCACUGUUUGACGUGAAAGAGCGCACAGUCACCUUUCUGGGUGGGAAGAGCUUCAGUGUGGAUGCACUAAGGGCCAUGGGGUCUGGAGACCUCCUUAACUCCAUGUUUGAUUUCAGCCUGAAGCUCAUGAACUUGGGUCUCAGUGAGGAGGAGAUGAGCCUCUUUACUGCUGUAGUGUUAGUCUCUGCUGAUCGCUCAGGCAUUGAGAAUGUUAACUCCGUUGAGGCCCUGCAGGAGACGCUGAUCCGCGCUUUACGAAGCCUCAUCACCAGAAAUCACCCCAACGAGUCAGCCAUCUUCACCAAGCUGCUGCUCAAACUGCCUGACCUGCGCUCGCUCAACAACAUGCACUCUGAGCAGCUGCUGGCCUUCAAGGUCCAUUCCUAA